AUGGCCAUGUCAUCCUCACUGGAAGUGCUAAAGAACACGCUGGAGGAGAUUGUCAAGGACCCGCGAUAUCAUGAUCUCUUGUCCCUAGUUAAGACAGCGCGCAAUGGUAUUAUCUACGGAACCAAGGUGCGGUUUCCGCAUGCGCUGGUGAUGGUAUUUCUCUUCCGCUCUGGAACACUCCCACAGAAAGUCAACCUAGUCCUUCGAGCGACAAGACAUCAUGCAACCAACUUGGCGCGCUUUGCACUUAUUUAUAAGCUGACCAUGCUUGCCCUCAAAUACUUUGGCGCAGAGCCUGGAAAGGAGGGAACAUACGACUCAUUCGUUGGUGGUCUUGUGGGCGGAUAUUUCGUCUUCGGCGGCCGUUCCAAGCGUACGGGAAAGAUCUCAUCGGUCAACCAGCAGAUCGUCAUCUACGUCUUUGCGCGAGUGAUGCUCGCACUCGCCCGCAUCGCCGUGAAGCCAGGCCACGGAUUCCCAUUCGUAUCGUCCGAACCUCUCCAUGGAGUCAUUAAUCAAUAUGCCUGGCCUGCGUUCGCGUCGCUCUCGUGGGCCAUGGUGAUGUUGAUCUUCCGAUACCAUCCCGAGGAGCUGCAGUCGAGCUUGAGAAGCAAUUCCUACCAACCGAUGGCCAUGGCACCAGAUCCCAAAGUCGCGGAGGCGAUCUCCAAUGCCGAGUCUUAUUCUGGAGAGAAGGGACCUCUCUACGAGCAACUGCUAUCCGAAAUUAAGAACAUUUCUUCCCCGUCCACCGCUACCAACGACCUAAAUGCUAUCAUCGACUCCUUCUUUACCCAGGCGCUCGGCGUCGUGGCUACGCGAACCGUCCUCGCUUCCUUUAUUGCGACACUUCGAGAACUGAAGAACGAGGGUAUUUGGAUCGAGGUUGGGAAUCAAACGCUAAACACCAUCGCGGCCCAGCCAUCAUCUUCUUCCUUCGUCGAUGCCGUCGCCACUAUCCGUGAGCUCAUUGCAACGGCCCACGAAAGCAACGGCGACUUCCUCGAUGCUGCAAAGACUCUGGCCGAUAUUCCCCUCGAUAGUUCUCAGCGCAAGAUCACCGAUGAGGAGAAGGCUCGCACCUGGAUUCGUAUCGUUCGGAACUACCUCGAAGUCGACGACUCUACGGCCGCUGAGAUGUAUAUCAACAAGCUCAAGAACAUCAUGCAUACCGUAUCUGAUCAAGAACUGAACUUGCACUUCAAGCUCUCACAAGCCCGUAUUCUGGACGCCCAACGCGACUUUUUAUCCGCAUCUCAACGAUAUCAUGAGAUCAGCUUCUCGCCUGCGAUCGACGAAGAGGAACGCUUACAUACGCUCAGUAUGGCGGUGAAAUGUGCUGUUCUGGCACCCGCUGGCCCCAUGAGAAAUCGAACAUUGAGCCGUCUCUACAAAGAUGAACGUUCAUCGCAACUUGAGGAAUUUGGUAUCCUGGAAAAGAUGUUCCUUGACCGGCUGUUGUCACCAGAGGAGGUUGACAAGUUUGCAGAGGGGCUCCAACCACAUCAGCUGGCAACUACGUCAGAUGGCUCCACGGUACUUGCCAAGGCUGUUGUCGAGCACAAUCUUCUCGGCGCAUCCAGGCUUUACAGCAAUAUUAGAUUCGAGGCUCUGGGAACACUAUUGGGCCUGGAUGCUGAUAAGGCUGAAGAGACCACUGCACGUAUGAUUGAGCAGGGCCGUUUAGUCGGACGUAUGGAUCAGAUUGAUGGCAUUGUGUACUUUGAGGGUGGCGAGGCAUCUGGAGAGAAGGGGAGUGGGCGAGCAGAAAUUAUUGUUGGCAAGGAAAUGCGAAAUUGGGAUGCCAACGUGGAGAGUUUGGCUGAGGAGGUGGAGAAUGUCACCAAUGCGCUGCAAAAGGAGUUUCCCGAAUUUGUUGCCGCAACCCUUGUUGUAUGA